AUGCCAACACCUCCAGAUAUCCAAUUUGAAGAAAGAAACUUUCAAACCCAGUUUUCGGUUUCUUCUGAUAAAUUGUAUGAAUGGAACAUUGAUGGUCUUUCUGAGCAAGAGAUCUUUAAUAAACUACAACACAUGUCCAUGGUUGCCAAUAGUUAUAUCACCAAUCACAGUUUCAGACAGUCUGAAAUUGUACCCCUGUUAGUCACUGGAUUUACCGGUACUCUCAGGUAUUGGUGGGAUAAGCACUUAACCCCUGAGUCUAAAAACUUGAUCAUUCAUGCUGUAAAACUUAAUGAAGACGGUCUCCCUAUAUUUGACGAACAAAUAGGUCAAGGUAUAGAAGACGGAGUCAAUACUUUGUUUUACACAAUAAUUGAGCAUUUCAUUGGAACCCCUAGCCAUACCUCUGCUAGGAUACAUGAUCAAUUGAGUAAUCUAAGAUGCCCUAAGUUGUCUAAUUUCAGGUGGUAUAAAGAUGUCUUCAUUUCUAGAGUCAUGCUUAGAGAUGAUAGCAAUCAACCUUUUUGGAAAGAAAAAUUUGUUAAUGGCCUGCCGAAUCUAUUUGCCCAUAAGAUACGCACAACAUUGAGUAAUGAGCAAGGUCAUAUAGAUUGGGAUAGUUUAACAUAUGGAAAUAUUGAAGAACAAGAAGAAUUACUAAUAUACUUAAUAAGCAAAGUUGAGAAUCCUGAUUUGAAAUCCGAGUAUUUGAAAAAGUUAAGAAAAGUUAUUAGCCAAGAAAGCCCGAGUCAGUCCGCCCCCCAGCCAAUUAGUAUGAACACUACUUUAGAAAAAUUUGCUAAAAAGAAAGAAGUCACCAUACAGGAUCUGCAGUUCGAAAGUGAAAAUUAUGCAAUCAAACAAGAUUUGGUUCAUAUAAUGGAAAAAGAUUCCUCUAAGCCUGAAAGCCAGUCUGGAAGCCCACAUAAUUCUGAUGAUGAACCUCCAGAAGAUCAACAAACCUUUGAGUUCACCACAGUUGCCCUAUUUGAUUCAGGAGCUGAUCUUAACUGUAUCCAGGAAGGUCUAAUCCCUACUAAAUUUUACCAGAAGUCUAGAGAAUCCUUAAGUACUGCUUCAGGAAAAUCUCUCCAGUUGAAUUUUGAAAUACCAAAAGCCCAUGUGGAUUAUGAUGGUGUCAUUUCUACCUAUCUAAGCGAAAAGUCGCAAAUCUCCCCAAUUGAUCGAGUCAUUCAAUUUGCUGAUAAAUUCCCAGAUCAAAUUCUUGAUAAAAGUCAGCUCCAGAGAUUGCAGAGUAAUCCGCCUCCAUGGUCAAACACUCAUACUGAAAUUGUCAAGCAAAUCAAAGCCCAUGUCAAGACACUUCCCUGCCUUGGCAUUCCUUCAGUUGAUUCUUUCAAAAUAGUUGAAACCGAUGUCUCUGACACAGGAUGCACAAUGGCACCCAAAAAAGACAAGCAAAAAGAGUCAACCAGCCAAUCUAAGCCAUCUCAGUCGCCUUCCCAGUCGCUCCGAAUCCUCCCUUCAUCUAUGAGUCAAAAUAAGCCAGAAGAUCCCAAGCAGGUGGUCCCUUACCCAGGCCACCCACCAAUCUCAUUUGCCACACCGAUCUCAGUUGCCAAUAGGUUCUCUGCCUUAGGUUCUACAGUUGGCCAAAUACACCCCAGUUAUCAGUCGACCCUAAUCUCUAGUUAUGAUCCUUUUUCAGCUGAUCCUUCAGCUGGUCCCUCAGUUGCCUUCAAAAGGUCAUCUCCUUAUAUGCCCAAAAGUACCUCUCAUUUAUUUGUUCUUGAGCCGAUUUAUGAUAUUCAUUCUGAUCCAGUCGAAAUAGCCAAACACUAUUUUCCUCCUGGAUUCCAUUAUAUGCCUCCUAGUCCAUACAAGUCUCUCAAGUACUAUAAGGAUAUAUUACUUGAAACUCAGUCACUUGAAAUUAAGCCGAUAAGGGAUCGAGAUCACCCUAAGAUCAUCCUUUAUCAUUCCCUUUAUAUCCAUAAGAUCAUAACCCAAGAAUCCUUCAGUAGCCACCCUUAUGAGUUGAAAACCCUUCAGUCAAAAUUGCAAUAUAAUUAUUCUGAUUAUAUUGAAGCCUGGUACUCUAUUUUCCUCCAUCAAACCGAGGAUUUUAGUCAUUCCUGGUUUAUUAAUUUUGACAACAAGUUCAAAAGUCCUUUUCCCUUCUGGUUCCUCCAUUGGUGGGAAAAGCAUGGUCCAGUUGAUGAAAUUUUACCCAUUUCAGUUCAUGAGCUAAUCCGCCAUUAUACUAAAAAAGCCAAAUUCACCAAAGUUGAUUUAUUCUUCCCAAAACAGAUGCUUUUUGUUGCCAAAUACAAAGUCCCUUGGAUCCUCAAAUGGUCCUACAAAAUUGCCAGAGACACCACAAGAGUCUUUGCCCGCCAAUUCUCAGUUAAAUGGUGGGACAAAUUUGAAGUUGACAGAAUUGCUAAAUAUGUGUACAAUGAUCUGCCUCAAGAGCCUAUUCCGCAUCCAGUUUCCCCUACUGGUUCGACCCGAUCUUCUCUCUCAGUCGAAGGAAAAUCGAAGUCUGAACUCCAAGAAAUUGCCCACCAAUUGAUCAUCCAAGCUUCUCAAAUGGAUGAUGAUGAAGACAAUGAUUCCCCUUCAUCGUCCAGCUGUCAGCCCAUGCAAAGCCCUGCCAAGAAAAAGUCUUGGUAUGAAGAUAGUCAAGAUCCAUACGAUGCUUAUGAUUUGAAUUCUGACUAA